AUGGUGUCUUUCAAACAGGCCUUCGCUCUGUCCCCUCAGGAAGUCGAUGCUUCUGCACCCCCUGGCACGAUCCAGAUCCGUCGCGAACAAGAAGAUGGGCACAACGAGAACAUAGUUGUUAGUGGAGAUCCCCACGAUCCUCUCAACUUUCCUGCAUGGCAGAAGAUCGCUGCUCUGCUAGUUGCCUCGUUGUAUGCCUUCACUGCCAACUUUACCAGCGGUGUCAUUGCUCCUGCUUUCCAGCUAUGGCCAAUGAUAUUUCCCCGAGACCCUAGGAGUCUUUCUGAACUCUCGACCCUGAUGGCAAUCAAUGUCCUCUUCCUUGGAGCUGCCAACAUCUGGUGGGUACCAAUGUCCAACUGGAUGGGACGUCGACCUGUCCUCAUCCUUGCCACUCUUCUUCUUACCUUCAGUACCCUUUGGUGUGGCCUUGCAACUGGAUAUGAUUCUUUACUUGCUGCCAGAGCCUUUCAGGGUAUGGGAGGCGCGGCGGCAGAUUCUGUUGCUCCCGCUCUGGUUGGUGAUAUGUUUCCCGUGCACCAACGUGGACGUGCCAUGGCUGUUUAUACCAUUAUGCUCGUCGUCGGACCGCUCGCAGGUGGUGUCUCAGGAGGAUACAUCGUCUACCACCAGGGUUGGCAAAUGAUCUUCUGGAUCUGCCUAGCACUUACUGCAGCUUGUGUCGUCGGUGUCAUUUUCUUCGUCCCUGAGACCCUCUACUCUAGAGAAGCACCCAUCGAGGGCGUUCCUGGUCAUGAGUCUGAGAAGCAAGCUCAGUUUGGAAACAACGAGCAUGUUGAGAACAAGUCGACAGCCACAGUCGGCGAGCAGCAGUACCGGCCAUUCACCUAUAUGCAGUCAUUGGGUUUUAUUAGACCUCGUGGAAGUCUGCUCAAACAGUUCAUCCAGCCUUGGCGAACGCUUGCUCUGCCUGGCACUUGGGUCGUGAUGCUUCACUACGCAGGUCUUGUUGGAGGUAUCGUAUCCAUCUCGACGAUCGGACCACAAAUUGUUGCCAGCCCGCCUUAUCUCUGGAAGGCAAACGCAGGACUGAUCAACAUUGGAGCUCUCAUCGGUGGAAUUGUCGGAUAUGUCUAUACACAUAUGCUUGCUGACGGCUCGCUCAUCAAAAAGGCGAGCAAGAAGCGUCAUGGUGUUGCGGAAGCCGAAGAUCGACUACCAACUCUUUUCUUUCCACUUUUUGUAGCGACAGGCGGUUUACUCGUCUUUGGAUUCUGCGCUCAAAAUCCAGGACCCAAGAUGUGGAUUGGUCUGCAAUUCGGAUACGGAAUGCUCACGUUUGGUCUGAUGCAAGUUCCCUCAGUGGGCUUCAACUACCUCAUCGAUUCAUACCACUCUUUGGCAGCAGAUUGUUUCACAAUGGUUACUAUUCUUCGCGCAAUUAUUGCAUUUGCGUGGACGUUUUUCGUGGCGGAUUGGAUUCAUCACAAGGGUGCUGCUGAGCCUUUCGGCAUCUUCGGCUUGUUGAUGGGGAUCUUUUCUUUGUUGACUGUUCCGCUUUGGGUGUUUGGUAAACGAAUGAGAAUUGCGACUGCGGAAAGGGUCCUUCGUUGGCAGGGAUUCUAG